AUGGCCAAUGCCAAAAUAAGCGAUGAAAUAAAACGCGGCAAGAAGAAACGAUUGGAGGACCUCCUGGAGCGUACUUACCGCCAGAAGGUGAGGAUUGUUCGCGGACUGACUGCUCGACAGGCGAGUGCCACGGAUUUCGAGCUGUGCGCCAAGUGGAUAAAAGUGUUUAGACGAGCUACCAAGAAGGAGCGCAGGGCGAAGGAUUACCUCGUGGAGCUGAUUCUUCGCCAGCUGCGGCAAACGGGCCACCUGUCGCUGCCCUUCACCGACCUGGCAAACUGCAGCCUGGACCUGCGCCUGCUCCUGGACGAGGAGGGACGUCAACACCUGCGUCGCUUCAGUCCACGGCAGCUGGUGGCCCCGAUGCCGUCGAGCAGCAGCCUGGCCAGGAGGCCGCUCAAGUCGACUUCGUUUGAGUGGAGACGGAGGGUGCGACACCUGGACCAUCUGGAAGACCGGUACUGGCGCAAGGAGCAGGAAGUGUGUGAGAGCCUACAGCAUACACCCACGAAGUGUCUCAAGCCGGAGCUGCCGCCCUCAGUGUCCAGACCACGGAAACGCGUCAAGACGGUCGGGGUUCAAGCGGAUGUCGCAGUGGUCUCGCCACGGGCUGAACGUGAUCUCUGCGAGCGCGAGCGAAAGCAGUGCGAGAUCCUGAAGCGGCGGGAACGCGACCGCGUGCAGCGGCAGCUCAGGGAGCAGGAACGAGAGCGGCAGAGGACUCUGCAGGCCGAGCAGCAGAUGCUGGAAAGGCAGGGUCUGGAAAAGGCGCGUCAACUGCGCGACCGACGAUUGCGGGAGCAGCAGCUGAAGGUCAAGGAGCGACGCGACCACGAGCGUCAUCUGUUGUUGAAAAAGCGCGAGGAGCGUCGCCUGCAGGAGCAGCGUUUGUGGGCCCAGCGACGACCCAGUACAUCCUCUUCCCAGGAUGUGAAAAUUCAGCAGAGAGCGAUUCUGGAGUCGAAGCAAGAGGCUCGACAUGAUCACGAACAUGAUCCCCGCUACUUGCCCCAAGCGACCACGGCCGUGCCAGUGGACACUGGCACUACCCAAAGUGCGAGACGGAUGCAGCAGUUGCACCUUCGGGCGGAGAACAUCAAGCGGAAAGUGCUGGCCUAUGAACAGCUCAAGAAAUAUCAUCGGGAGAGGGCGCGGGCGGAACGGGAGCGGCUGGACGGGAAUGCGGAGGGAAAUGGUCAAAAGCAGCAGCACGAAAAAUCCAUGAAUGUACAGAUUAAUGCAACAGAAAGAAAAGGGCUUAAAGAAAGAAAUGCGGAGCAAGAACUAGAAACUGAUCAAAGGAAAGAAUUCAAAGAAAAAAGGAAAAAUAUUCUUAAUAGGAUAAGGAAGCGACAGGAGAAAGAAGAGUUUGAACGAAGAAAUUGCCCAAAAGCAGAAAAUGAUAGCAAAGAAAAUGAUAAAAUUGAUCGACGGGAUCAGAAGAAUAGGGAGGAAUUCGAGAGAAAGCGGGAAAGGGACGCUAAAAUCCUUAAGGAACGGCAGGAAAGAGCAGAGUUUGAAAGAAAAGUUUGGAAAAAACUAGAAACCGAGCGAAGAGAACGGGAAGAGUUCGAAAGAAAUAGGCAAGAGGAGCUCAGGAUUCUCAAGGAACGUCAGGAAAAUGAAGAGUUUGAACGAAGAGAAUUGGAAAAAAAAUUAGAUGCCGAUCUUAAACAAAAGGAAGAAUUGGAAAGACAGCGAGAAGAUAAGCGUAAAGAACUCCGAGAUAAAGAAUUGGAGAGAAAAAUUUUCGAAAAACUAGAAGCCGAUCGGAAAAUACGGGAGGAGUUCGAAAGACAAAGGCAGGAAGAACUCAAAAAUCUCAGGGAACGCCAGGAAAAAGAAGAGUUUGAAAGAAAAGAAUUAGAGAAAAAGCUGGAAGCUGAGCAAAAACAGAAGGAAGACAUAAAAAAAUUACGAGAAGAGGAUUUGAAGUGUCUGAAAUCACUCCAAAGCAGAGAAGAAUUUGAAAGGCAAGUUUUGGAAAAACUAGAAGCCGAGCGAAAGGAAAGGGAAGCAUUCGAAAAAAAGACUUGCGAAGAACGUGAACGAGAGGAGAACAAAAUUGAGGAACUUAAAAAAAAAUUCAAGGAUUUACAAGAGCGAGAUGCAGAGUGGAAUGAGCAACGACUGAAUCGAGAACUCGAAAAAAAAGAGCAAGAGUGCGAAAGAAUCACCAGAGAAGAAGAAAGACUUAAAGAAGAAAUGCUGCUGGAAAAGCUUAAACGCAGCACGGUGGAAAGAGAAGUACGCGAGAGAAAGAAAAGAGAAGAUGAUCUGCAAAGAGAACAGAUCCUUAGAGAGUGGCUUCAAAAGCAAGAGCAACAGGAAGACAGGGAAAGAGAAGAACGUGAGAAACGUGAAGAGAUAAUUAUGGAAAGCAUAACUGCAGACGGCAAUAAACACAGGGAACAGGAGGAGGCUGAGAAGAAGGCCCGAGAGGAACUCGAUCGAUUACCAAGGCAGAGACAGGAAGUUCAAAAGUUAGAAAAAGAGAACCCGAAAAAAGUCAACGGACAAAAAAACGUUUGGACACGAUACGAAGAGGAGCGCGAUCGACGUUACCCAGAAAGCCCGAAUCAGGAGGAGAUGGAGGGGGACUCAAGAAUUCAGGAGAGGCACAUGGUAAGUCGACUAGGAGUUCACAAAGGAGGGGUGGGACAUUUGGGAAAGGAAAAGGACCAAAAGAGAGUUGCAAGCGAAAGGAAAUCAAAAAGCUGGAUGGAGAAUGGGUCUGUGGAGAAUUCCCCCGAAGUCACGAUGGAACUGGGGCUAACUGGCAGAGAUGUGACGAACGUCCAUCGAAGUUGUCAGCAACUAGAAGGCAGCUAUGAGAAUGCCAGAGUUAGGUUGAAAAAGCUCCAUGAAAGGAACAACAGGAUAAUUGAGGAAGUGCAGGGGAAAUUUCAGGUGCUUGAGAAGAUGCGGCUGGAAGCAGGAAAACUGGAAGCUCGAAAUCCUUUGAGCACGCGUUACCCUCUAAGGUCUUUAAAUAAGCUUCAAUCAAAGAAAGAUGCACAGAGACCACCCAGUUCCAGUCACGAGUACUUUCAGAAAAGAUCCCAGAAGACGCGUAGCGAGCGAUGGGCUCGCUUUAUUGAAAGUGAAGAGGAAUCCGCAGCGGAGGAUCUUCCCGGUCAGGGUCGAAACUGCGUCGUCCUCUCUAGCAGCGGAAGCGAUACGCUUCCGGAUCCCUGUUACUCCCUCGUCGGCAGGUACUGUCCGCUCACGAAGACCUACACGGUGGAGCACCAAACUCCUCCACCCAUCCGAAAUCAAGACUCAGCGCAGCGAGAAGCCUAUGGCUCCUAUGUACUCAACCGGGUGGCCGAUUGGCGGAAGACGUCACCAAGUUUCCACUCUACUGACGAGGCAGAACCGGGCGACGAACGUGGACGAUGGGGCGGCAAACCAAGUGGCAUUGGCUUGACUUACUGCACACGAACUGGAAGGAAGCGUUUUCCGCGGAUCAAACGUUCCGAUAUCAACCCCGAUUCUUGUGGGCUGAAGGAGGAUCGGGUGCAGCAGAGACGGGUUUUCGGACAGCUUCUAUCGCAGGCACGGACAUUUGGUUGCUGUCCGGAAAUAUUGAGCGCGGAGAACUGUCUUCUGGAGAAAAAACUGGCUAGAGCUAAAAACAAAUAUAUUCAGGAGUCAGUUCUGCGAGUGUCAAGGUAUGUCAUAAGAGUAUUCCAGAAUGACAAUGCUAUUGAGAGUUCCGAGGAAGAGAAUGAAUCUCUAGAAAAUAGAGAGCUCGAGCAGAUCUAUCUGCAAGAGACCGAUGCCACAUUGCUGAUUCCCAGGCCAAUCUUUAAGACUCUCAUGUUGACUCUGCUUACAUCCAACGAGUCGAUUUCGCCCUAUCUCUCGGAGAAGAUUACCAAUUUGGAAGUCCAGUUGACGGCUUACCUCAAAAAGAUUUCUAGCCACGCAUUUGCACGAGGUGCUCGAGCUCUGAGGCGAAAGGUCAAGCACUUGGUGGACCAACAGCGUCAACUACAAAGCCGUCGCCUGGCCGAGAUAUGUCGCGAUUCCGAGGAGCAGACUUUUGGGUUGUGGAGGCGGCUGGCCAGGAGCAGUGACUCCUUCCGCGGGAUCAGGGAUCUCUUUCGCAAUUGCUGUGACCUGCGUGACCCAAUGUCAUGCGUCGCUCUCCAAAACAUCGAGCGCCUCUACAGGGAAUGGAAGGAUCAGCGGUUUGCUGUGGAUUAGAAACAAUGUUGA